AUGGCCAAGGUGGAGAAGCUUUUAAAACGUCUGAAGAUAGCUGAAGACGACGGUAAUCACUACGAGAGCCAUCAGAUCGCCCGGACUGUAUUUUAUCGAUGGCUGGAGCUGGCCGAAUACGAGAAAUUGGCUGACUUUUUGGUGGAGAAAGUCUUGAAAUUUCAACAGGGUGAGUUGGAGGGUCUGAUAAAGCGGUUUAUUGUUUAAUUUGAUUUAUAAUUGAUUAUUAUUUUUAUUGUUUUAGCUGGCCAACCUGCUAUUGCUUUGGAUCUCGCCGAAUUGUAUGCUGAUACUCUGCUCAAAUGGGAGAAUGUUGUGGAUGACAAGCGAGUCAGUCAAAUUCAACAGGCAAGUGUUUAUUUAUUCCUCUUUUUUAAAAUUUUUAGGUGUUGUGUUGACCUAUGUUAUUUAUGUUGUCUCGAUACGUGGUCAUAAAAUUGAUGUGUGAUGCCCGUACAAACGCUGAUUUUUGUUUUCCAGAUUCUCAACGCAAUUCCUGGAGCUUUGGAUAAUGAACAGUCCAGCCAUGAUCGACGGGAAGGACUGAUCGCAAAGUUUGUUGACUGGUCUUGUAGAACAGCUGAAGAAGAUUCAUUGGCUAGAAAAUAUGGUCAUCCACAAAUUCAAGAGAUCAUCGCUGACAGUCUAGAGGCCUCAGGACGGUGGGAUCUGGCUAAACCGCACUACAUCGUGUCGUUGGCGCCAGCGAAGUUGAGCCGAGUGAUCAAGAAUAUAAUUGAGAAUACGGAUGAGGAGACUGAAUCAAUGCCGCCUGAUUUCUUUAUCGCUAACACUGUUUUGCAGGUAAAAAAUUUGUUUAUAUGUUUUGCGCUUUAGGUUAGUUCUGGAGGCAAUUUCUGCUCUUAUUUUAGGUAGCUAUACCUAAAAUCGGAUGUUUGCAGGGAUAAGGCGUAUUAGCCCAUGUUAUGCCCUCCUGCCGUUUUGGAUUGUAGAAUAUGCUGUGACUCCCUAAUUUUUUUAUUUUCAGAUUGCUAACACGGGUAGAGUUGGGAUGGCUAUCAAUUUUCUACUUUCGGUGGUUACAGAAUAUAAGGAGUACAAUGAUCAUCCUCCAUUUGUGUCUGCUCUUUUGAACUUCAGUUGGCUCUGCUUGAUCGCGUUGAAUUUGAGAAGUGUAAGGUCUUUCUAUAUUUUUGUUAGGUUUUUAGGAUGUUGUAUUAUUGUCCAUGACAUCAGUUAGUGUUUUAUGCAAUUUCAUGUAAAUUUGCUUGCCGAAAAUUGUGUGGUAGAUGUUACUGUGAAACGGUACAAAGCCUCUUUUUUAGUUAUCACACUUUACCGAGGUCGUUGAGGUCUACAAACCAACUAUUCAUCAAUGCCGAAGCGUAGUCAACCUUGUUGAUAAAAUUGGACAAAAAUUCUUUGGAUUACCGCCGAGAGAUGGAAACGAAGGUGCCGGAGGAUUACUGGGAAAUUUGCUCAAAGGUCGGUUGUCUUUUGAAAUUGUGUGUUUAGUUUUUAGAAGAUUUAUUUACUUUUCCAUCUAAAACAAGAUGAUUUUAGGCCUGAUCUCGAAACCUUCCUCAUCUCAACAGGAAAAUCAAUCAGUCUCCCUUCAAGUUGGCGAUGAUCCAUUCAUCACUCGAUAUAACUUCAAUUCCGACCAAUUCCACGCUGCCUUCCAAGCUGCCGAAGCCCUGAAUCCCCCCAUGUCAGUUGUCGAGCCCGAUUUUGCUGAUGCCGUGGAAGUCCAACCUCAAGCCCCUGCACAACCAUCCGCUUCACAGAGCGAUAUGGACCUUGACUAG